AUGAACAACUUCGGCGUCAUCGAAAUAGCCAGCACCACCACCAAAACCACCCCCGGCUGGGCCUACGUGCCUGACACGGGGCCCACGCCCCCGCAAGCCCUCCAGCCCCCCACCAACCGCAAACGUGCCGCCCGCAACCAGCCCGCCCUCAGCCUAUCCGAUCUGUCAGCCCGCGAAGAGACGCGCGUGCGCAAGGAGCUCGAGGCGUUAGAUAGGGACAGCCAUAGAGAUGUGAAUAUUCCCAUUCCGGCGAAGCCGGGUGGGGGGAGACCGGAAAAGAAACACACCCCCAACGUGCGACGUAUCCUCCAAUCCCAAAAAACCUUUGCCAACCAUUUAGAUGACUACAUUGCUAUGCUUGCGCUGGCAGAGUCGAAUCCUGCUGCGGCGGCGGCGAUGGCAGGGACUGGCGGUAAGUUGAGUGCCGCGUCGUCGGCGAAUGCGUCCAAGAGUGGCUCACCGGCGCCGGCCGCAAAUGCUGGGGCGGGUGCGACGCAGAGCAAGCGUGCCCAGGCUGCCGCGAAGAGAGCGGCGGCGAAGGAGAAGGCUGAGGAAGAGGCUAGGAAGAAGGCUGCUACUGCGGGGGGGAAGAGAGGGAGUAUGGUGCAUGUGCAGUUUGUGGAGGGGAAGAAAGAGGAGGGGGAAGAUACGCCUAUGUUGGAUGCGGACACCCCUUCGACAUCGAUUGGGGAAGAAAAGGGAGAGCAGAAAGCGAACAGCUACCCCCGCUUAAGCACUAUCCUCCCCCCGUACACAAAACCCCCUCCCCCGUCCCACCCAGGUGACGAUGACCCGCUGCUAGUCUCCCGCGUGCCACCGUUCCCGAGCGACGAGGAGUUGAGAGAGCUGAUGACGGCGCCGCCGCUGAAUUAUUUGGAGGCAAGAGGGAAGUUUGAAGAGGACGAGCCGAGAUAUCCGGUGAGGGUGUUCUGCGGGCCCAUCCGUGCCUGA